AUGGCGUGGCCUCCUCCAAAUGCUAAUUCUGCACGAACACAAGCUCCACCGCCAGUAGUUCCUGCUAUGGCAAUUGGAUCAGUUCCGGCGGCGACUUCGACGGCGGCUCCGACGGCAGCAAAUGCAAACAGUAAUACUCAGGUUUCGAUCAUUGAUUUUAAUCCCUCCGAUGCAGGUAAUCCUUACUACUUGCAUCCUAGUGAGAGUCCGGCCUUGGUGCUUGUUUCGCCGACCUUAGAUGGUUCAAACUACUAUCCUUGGGCAAGAGCUAUGAAGAUAGCUCUAUCAACCAAAAAUAAACUAGCAUUUAUUGAUGGUAGAAUACCUAUACCUAGCAAAGAUGAACAAAGGUACAUGGUUUGGGAACGGUGUAAUAACAUAGUUGUUUCCUGGAUUGUAAGAUCCAUCUCACCUGAGAUUGCACAGAGUGUGCUUUGGUUACAAUCUGCCAUUGCUAUAUGGAAGCAUUUAGAGGAGAGGUUCAGUGAGGGGGAUAUCUUUAGGAUCUCACAGAUUCAAGGACAAGCUUAUCAGCUUAAACAGGGGAUUUUAAGUGUGGAUCAAUAUUUCACACAGAUGAAAUUGCUUUGGGAUGAAUUACUUGUGUUAAGACCUUUGCCUGUGUGUGCUUGUACUCCUAAGUGCAAUUGUGGAGGAUAUGAGAAGUUCUACACUUAUGUAGAAAAUGAUCAUUUGUCAAUGUUUUUGAGAGGAUUGAAUGAAAACUAUACAAGUACUAAAUCGCAAAUUAUGUUGAUGAGCCCUCUCCCUACAGUUGGAAGGGCAUCUUCCUUGGUGAAACAGCAAGAAAGAGAGGUUUAUGGUGGGAUUCUCAGUGCUACUCCCACACCACAGAUGCAGGGGCCUUCUCAGCAGAUGAGUCCUACUGUUGGACAUGCAUUCCUGGCUAGUUUUCCUCAGAACAACAACUUCCGUCCAAGAAGACAGAAUAACAAUUGGAACAAGAAACCAGGACCAAUUUGCAGCCAUUGUGGAUAUACUGGCCACACAGUGGAUAAAUGUUACAAACUCCAUGGUUACCCGCCGGGUUAUGUACCCAGGUCUAAAGGUGCAGGAGCAGUAAACCAAGUCCAAGGUCCUUUGCUGCAAUCCAGUGUCACACAAUUUGGAGGUCAGAACCAAUUUCAAUCCCAAGGCUUUGUUGAACAAAUCCAAAACACUGCAGGGAAUUUUAUGACAAUUUCUCAAGAGGAAUAUAGUAGGUUGCUUGGCCCUAAGCAGAAUGAGACAAAGCAGAAUACAGUCAAUACACCUCUUGAUUUCACUCCUCAAGCAAAUAUAGUUUCGGCCAGUGUUGUCUCACCUGCAAACUUUGAAGGAGCCUUCUUGUUCUAA